AUGUUCUUCAAACAAAGCCAUCACCAUCGUCGUCGUCUUCUUCUUCUUCUUGUUCUUUCAGUUUCUGUGGCCUCUGGUUUCCAUGGAAACCAGCAAGCAAAAACCCAAGACAGGUUUCAGAAGCUAAAGUAUUUGAGAGGCCAAAAUGAUAAUAAUAUUUCAGGAAUUGAUAAGAGCCUUUUUGAAGCAGAAGAUAUUGAUUUUGAAGUUCAUGUUAAUAAAGAUCAAAAAGGGUUCAAGGAGAAAGAUAGAAUCCAGAAACUUCCAGGUCAACCUCCUGCUAGGUUUUCUCAGUAUGGAGGGUAUGUGACUGUGAAUGAAGAAGCAGGACGAGCCUUUUAUUAUUAUUUCACAGAAGCUUUUAGAAAUAAGCAGAAUUUGCCUCUCGUUCUCUGGCUUAAUGGAGGGCCUGGAUGUUCAUCUCUUGCUUAUGGAGCCAUGCAAGAACUUGGACCCUUCAGAGUCAACAGUGAUGGCAAAACCCUUUUCAAAAACAGAUAUUCAUGGAACCAUGCUGCAAAUGUAUUGUUCUUGGAGUCACCAGCUGGAGUGGGAUUUUCAUAUUCAAACAAAACAUCAGAUUAUGAAAACAAUGGCGACCAAAGAACAGCUUCAGAUAAUUAUAUCUUCUUGUUGAAUUGGUUGGAGAGGUUUCCUGAAUAUAAGAACAGAGAUUUCUACAUCACUGGAGAAAGCUAUGCUGGCCACUAUGUUCCUCAACUUGCUCAAACGAUUCUCCAACAUAACAUCAAAGCCAACAACACCAUCAUCAACCUUAAAGGAAUCAUGAUAGGGAACGCAGCGAUAAAUGAUGAGACAGAUGAUAAAGGAAUGUACGAUUUCCUAGGAAGUCAUGCGAUAAUGUCGGAUUCAACAGUUUCAACAAUUGACAAGUUCUGUGAUUUCUCUGCAAAUGCCCAAAAUCAACCUAAACAGUGCAAUGAAGCUUUGGAGGAAGUAGACAGAGAUUCUUACUAUAUUGAUAUCUACAACAUCUAUGCCCCUAUCUGCAACAACCCUAAUCUCACAGCCACUCCCAACCCCACUUCUAUUGUUUUGGACGCAUGUAAUGAAUAUUAUGUGAUAGCGUAUAUGAAUAAAGAAGAAGUUCAAGAGGCACUUCAUGCAAAUGUGACAAAGGUGAAGUACGAGUGGGCACCUUGCAGUGAUGUGAUUUCAGGUUGGCAUGAUAGCCCUUCUUCCACUCUUCCAAUCCUACGUCAACUCAUGGACCAUGGAAUUAGGGUUUGGAUUUUCAGUGGAGACACAGAUGGAAGAGUGCCAGUGACUUCAACACAAUACUCUCUCAACUCUAUGAAUAUGAAAGUCAACACUCCAUGGCAUCCUUGGUACUUCAAUGGACAGGUUGGAGGGUACACCCAAGUGUACAAGGGAGAUUUAACAUUUGCAACAGUGAGGAACGCAGGGCAUCAAGUGCCAAGCUACCAGGCAGCAAGAUCCCUUUCAUUGUUCAGACACUUCUUAGAUGGCACUCCUCUUCCUGAUACUACCAGAUAUUAA